GGCGCGCGCGUCGAAAGGCACAGUUUCGCCGUCGCCGCAUUCCACGCCUACGCGUGUUCCGUUGUUCUUGACCAAAAAUCGCCCUGGACCUCUAAAGCUUACGGGGCCAUGCUUUCAACAAUAAUACUCGUGUGCACGAGAAGGGGCUACCGUUCCGGCGGUGGAAAGAUGGUGACACAAAUUUCGCGUGCAUCGUCCACGACUACGACCACCCUUCAAGGGUAUUCUCGGAGCAGUACGCGGGAAGCUUUCAAGCUCAACCCGUGCACGGGAAAGUGGCAGUCACCCAUCGGGCUUUGCACACCCGGUCGUGGUCAAAGGCUGGAGAGAGCCAGGGCCGACCUGAACAUGCACGGCUACGACGUCCCGUUCUCCCAGUACGAAGUGAAGGACAGGAAUUCAGUCCUGAGGGUCCACCCUCUGGGAGCUAUCCAGCCUAGCGUAAGUGGAUCGGGUCUGCCCGGCAGGUUUCUGCUGCAUGAACUGCACUUCCACGUUGGUGUCGACGACACCUAUGGCUCUGAACACACCGUCGACGGCAAACCGUUCGCCAUGGAGGCCCACUUUCUCCACUACAACGACCAGUUCAGGAGCUUCGAAGAAGCCGUGAUGGAGAAGGACGGCCUGGCCGUGAUUUCAGUUCUCUUCAAGCUGUCCGACCACAGAUGCCCGGAAUCCCUGGAAGCCAUUAUGUCCGCGAUGGAGUCACCCGGGAGUAGCAAGGUUGCCCCGCUCGUGUUGAGCCAGAUGCUUCCCGGCAUUCCUCCGACGUCGUACUACCUCUACUCCGGAUCCUUGACGAUGCCUCCUUGGUCCGAGAAUGUUACUUGGGUGGUCUGCACGCAAACUCUGGAGGUCACCUCAGCCGCACUUGCAAGGUUCCGCAAGAAUGCCUCCGGGAAGUGCAAGGGCAACAUCCGGCCAACACAACCGCUCGGCGAGCGGAAAGUGAUCCUGUGCGCCUGAUCUGGGAGCGCGAGGCGUACGCAAAUCCUGCUCGCGUUCCCUUCAUAUUUAAAAUUAAAACAAACUUUUAGCGAUAU